AAAGCAUCACUUCACUUCCUCUAAACCUGUUCCUCUGCGAAGCACCAUUACUCCAAGUAUAAUCUUUGUUCAAAAUGGGAAAUGUCAAUUACCAAAAAACCCAGUAUAAAUAUAUCUUGAUGUAAUUAACAUCAAAGACAGAGGCAGACGUGUAAAGAAGAGGAAACACAUAGCUACAAACUCUUUGACCAGCACCGUAACUUGUUUCUGAAAGAAAUUCUCUCUGCUCCUUGUGAAAUCCAAAGUCAAUAAUCAAAGAUAGUCUGGACCAAAGACGAUGGAUAUUGUCAAUACAUUGAUUGCAUUUUCGCUUUUGGUCAGCGUUUUUGGAUACGAUCCAAACUAUCGCAACAUUUUCUACCAAACAACAAAAGAGGUUCAGAAUCAGCCUCUUUCCGAUAUCACUGGAGAGAUCCCCAGCUGGAUUGAAGGGGACUUCGUGCGCCAAUCCUGUGCUUCAUAUGGAGAUAUAGAUGGACCGAAAGAAGAUUGGAUACCUCAUUUAUUCGAUUGUAUCUCAAUGGUUGGACGCUAUGAGAUCAAAAAAGGCAAGAUAAGAUAUUCCAAUAAAAUCUAUGAUACAAAGGCAUCCCGCAUUUGGAAAAAAUACAACUACAGUAUAGCAAAGGCUAAAAUUAGCUGGAACACUGUCUAUUCUCCAAUAAAUUCUUCUGCAUACGAGAAAAACAUGGAGAUGAAAUACAACGAGACAUUAUUUACCGCACCAAAUGUUAAUUUCUGGCAGUCCAGACCGGAAGAUCCAGUUCUUGCAGUAACCGAGUCGAUAUACACUGCAGCAGAACUGAAAGUCACGCCAGAGCUCGAUGUGCUUGGUAACUAUCUAGGAAAGUUUCAAAAUAAAGGAUUUCCCAGCUUUUCUACAAACAACUUUAUCUUAAGCCCUGCGCAUGAACAACGAGAAAAAGAUGGAACUAUCUGGCAUUCAACAGUCGACAUUGAAAGAGCCUCUCCAACAAAGCUUGAUGACCUGGAAGCUGCCAUCAUUGUUUACAAAAUGAAAGGGCCUAACCGCACUGUAACUGGCCGCCAUGUCCUUGGAAAGUACAACCUCACUAAAUGCAGUUCAGGACUGAGUCUGGACGACAUCAAAAUUAUGCCAGGGUAUUACCACUACCUAGAAACAACAAGCAACUACAUUAUAGUCCCAAUGUCUUCCUAUCUCUUCGAUUAUUGUCAACACUAUGCCAAUAAAGGAAAAAUAAUUGGGUAUUUUCCACGCUCUUUCAAAUUCUAUCCAAACUUUAACUCAAGCCUUCUCUUUUUUGAUCGAAAUAACAUGUCAAAUGUGCACAGAGUAUAUCUUCCCUUCGCGAGAUUCUUCACUCACAACCUGAAUGCCUUUGAAGAUAGCAAUUUCAUCUACUUAGAUACAUUGGCCUAUAAUAACACUGAUCUCUAUGUAAAAAUAUCUUCGCUAUAUGAGAUUAUGAAUGGCUUCAACUGGAGUGCAUCAUUUUUUCGUAUUGCAAUCAACAAGAAUACAUGGUCUUAUGAUCCUUCUUUGAGUGGCUCUCUCACUCAAACUGAGCCCUAUGGAAAAGCCGAAUUCACACAGAUCAAUUAUGAUAGAUUUCAUAACAAAGACUACACAUACACUUACUUUGUCAGCAACCCUGGAACUCAAGAACCUCGUAUUGCUAAGCUAAACGUGAAGACAAAAAAAGUAACUUACUGGAUUCCAACAGUUGGAUUUUAUCCGCAAGAGCCUGUAUUUUUGCAACCGGACGAAGCGGUUGGUGAAGAUGAAGGCGUAAUUUUAUGCUCCGGUCCUGUUUCUGAUACAGUACCAUCUUCAAGCUUCCUAGCUGUUCUCAAUGCAACGGACAUGAAGCUUAUUGCAAUGGUGAAGAAUCCCAAUACUGGCUUAAUAGGUAUUCACAACAGAUUUUACAAGUCACGUGUCCCAGCAACAAGUAUGCCAGCAACAAAAGCGCCAGCAACAACAGUUAAAACCAAACCAAAAACAACCCAGUCAUCAUCUGGAGUUUCUCUUUCCAUUAUACAGGGCAUCUGGAUUAUUGCCGCUAUUAACCUUUACAGUUUUUGUUAAAGGCAAACUUUUUGAACGGAACAAACACAAAAACCGAGUCCCUAUUAACGUACAGUUGAUAUUUCUGGAUUCGUUAAUUUUCUAAAAAUUAGCUUUUGCUUAUUUAGAAGCGCAUGGCUAUGUCAAUGUUAUCUUUAUUAAUUAGCUCUUCCUUGCAAUGAAACAUUUCGAGAUUUACGUACAAAAUAACUUUGUGUUUAUAAUAGCCAUUGAUAUUGCCACUCUCACUGUAUUAGAGAACUUCCACAUUGUAACGGAUGCAUUGUAAUAUUAUUUGGAGUUGAUAAUAUCCAUUACUGCUUAUGAUAUCCAUUGCUUUCGAUAUCAUACAAUAGUGAUGAUAUCUAAUAAAUCAAAGAGGACAAUGAAACAUCCAAUAGAAAAAUUAUUAUUUGUCACUAACAAUCUAUGAGAUUUAUAAUGAGUAAUUUUUGGAUUAACAAAUUAAAAGAUAUUUUGAAAACGGGGCCCCAAUCCAACCAUUUGAAAAUUCCAAGAGUAAUUAACAGUGAAACUUCUUUUUUAUAAGAGCCUUGAUACUGAAAGGAAAUGUCAAUUUUUUUUACGUGGAUGAUUCUUGUCAGAUUUUGUAGAGCUGGUAAAUGGAAUCUGAGCGUCCUUAGCUUGGCGAUACGCUCAACAAGAUUGUAGAGAUUGGCAUCCUGCCAGGAAAGACCAUUUUAAGGCAAGAGAUAUUCAAGAGAUAGAUGCAUAAAAAUCUGGGCAACAGUUGAAUAAUAUACCAUCUUCCAGGGGCUUUUAUGAGAUUUCAAUUUCUAAGGAGGUAUUUUGCUCUAGACAUUAUGUAUAUAUACUCAAGCUUUAUAUCAACAUUUGAUCGAUUAAGUAAUUCUAGUAAGUAAUCCUUAUUCUUUUGUGUCCAAAAGCUUCAAACUUGA